AUGUAUUUCCCCACAUUUGACUGUUCUAAUGAAACUAAUAAGAUUAAUAUCUAUUCGAGAGGUGAAUGUGGACUUUUUGAUGAUUAUCAAACAGUUAGAUUGUAUUAUUUGGUAUCUACAAAACCUGAGAAAACCAUUUCUGAUUUAACCAAAUUUGCAAUAAAAAACGUAGAUGAUGGUCUUUACGUUUUUGAAUUUAAUAAAGUGCACAUAACACUAGGAAACACUUAUCUUAAAUUUGUUAGAAUCAAUCAAAUAGUCAUAGUCUUGUCUGGAUUAACACCAUAUGAACUCAUAGAAUACCAAACAGCGGAUUUUGCAUACACAUUUGAAUAUACAGAGAGACUCCCUCGCCACGAUUUAGUCGAAAAUUACUUUGGUAAUUUUUAUAAAUGUGUUUCUUCUGUAGAUGACGUUGAGCAAACCAUUAUAAUGCACAACACAACGUGUUAUAAUAUGAGUGGAAAUAAGUCGAUUCAAUACGGUAAAAAUGGUGAUGUGUACACAAUUGCAAAGUAUUCAGAGAUGUCAUGUGUUGGUCAGCAGACAACUGAAUAUUACAACUCUGGUGAGUGUGCUGAAAUUGUGUUAGAUAAAAGAACGAUAUUUUCACAAGAAAUAAUACGAGGUGUAUUAAAAGGUGGUGAAACUUGUGUUUCAACAAAAAGUGACUUUAAAACAGUUUACCAGUUCAAUAAAUGUUACUUUGAUGGUGAAAGUGGUUCUUUAAAAUUUGUAAAGCAAAACGAUGUUGUGAUGUAUUUUGUUGGUGUUGAUUGCAAUUCAUUAAAAGAAGUUGAAACAACACAAAUAUUUGAUUAUGUUGAAUUUUUAGAAGAAUACCCAAAGUUUAAAGUCUCACAAUUUAAUAAUGGAAACACAGAAAAUUGUAUUUUAAAAGAUACAAUUGGAGCGCCACAAAUUAAUUUGUAUAAAAUUAACUGCACCGAAAUUGGAACAGCAACCUCAGUUUUAGCAUCAACAAAUAAUGACACUUUUGAAUUCAAAAUUUUUAAUGAAAAAACGUGUGAUGGAGAAGUAAUAAAAAUCGAAAAAUACACAAAAGGUCACUGUGUAUUAAAAGGAGGAAAGAAUGUGGUGUUUUCAGAUUUAAUUGAUGAACCAAUCGUUUCAAACGGUAUUAGAAAAAUGACAGAAUUUGUUUUAUUACUAUUGUUGGUGAUAAUUUAA